CCCUCGGGAAAGCCUAGGCCGCAGACCUUCGGGUCGCCCCCUUGGCCCGGCCGCGGCGGGAAACUGAGUCAGAGGGCGCCUCUCCAAAGUCAACAGGCGAGCGCAGGGACGGUCCCGGGCUUCGCGGGGCCGAGCCCGCCCCCUUCCUCUGGCUCAGGUGCUACCAGCCCGGCGCGGAGACGGAUUUGCCGCGUCACAACCCGGAAGAGCGGCCUGGAAGUCCAGCCGCUCACUUUCUUCCUCGCCCGGCGUUGGGAGCGCGUACCCCGUGCCCGGCCCCUCCCAGGGUGGGACUCUGGAUACUCGGCCCCCGUGCCUGCCCACCCCCCGGGGGGGCGUUCAAUCUGUCACUUUCCGGAGGCGUGUGGUCCACCUCCUUGCUUCCCCAGGGGAAGAACGGGAGUCCUCUGUGGGAAACUCACCCAAAACCCGAGGGUCCCAAAGCGCGGGGACCAUUAUAUUCUUUCUACUUUCUCUCUGGCGUGAGAGGAGGAGGAGGUCCAGAGCCGGGAGAUGCUUUCCAGGAAAAGAGGGGAAACACCUUGCUGAUGCCACCAGCUUCAAACCAGUCUUCUCCAUCUGCUUUCUGUCUGCCUGGGAUUCCUGGACGUGUCUGGUCUGAAGAGAGGCGUCCAUGUUCACACCAGGAGGUGAAAAGAAGCUGGAGCCACAGUGAUGAGUGAGACCUACGUGAAGAGGCUGUCCACCAUCCUGCUGGACGCCAUCACUGACAAGGACCCUCGGGUGCAGGAGCAGGUAUGUGGCGCCCUGUGCGCCCUCGGAGAGUCGCAGCCAGUGGAGGUGCUUAGCGCCUGUGAGGAGCACCUGCGGCUGCACGAAAAGCUAGCUCAUCCAUACCGGACGAUGAUCCUAAGGGCCAUGGAGAUAGUCGUGAGCAAUCACAUCGGCGAGCUGGACAAGGACAUGGCCAGGGCCAUCAUCCUCCUGGCCUCCAAUGAGAUGACCAGAGUGAAGGAGCUGGUCUCUGAUUGGCAGCAAGCUGCCAGCAGCGUCCUGGUGGCGGUGGGGAGGCGGUUCAUCAGCAGCGUGAUGGAGGAGCUGCUGAGCAAGUUCCAGCCCGGGCUCCUGCCGCACCCCUGCACCAUGCACACGCUCGCCAGCCUCUCCGUCUCCAAUGUGUUUGGCAUGGUGCCCUUCCUGACGUCCAUCCUCAGCACCAUGCUGCCCAUGCUGGGCGCAGCCAAGCACGACUCAAUGAAAGUGGUGUUCUGCUGUGCUCUGCAGCGCUUCAGUGAGAGCACCCUGGAGUACCUGGCCAACCUGGAUCAGGCCCCAGACCCCACAGUCAGAAAGGACGCCUUUGCCUCAGACAUCUCUGGUGCUUACGACAUCCUUUUCCACCAGUGGCUACAGAGCCGGGAAGCGAAGCUGCGGCUCGCAGUGGUGGAGGCCCUGGGGCCCAUGAGCCACCUGCUCCCCAGCGAGAAGCUGGAGGAGCAGCUCCCCAAGCUGCUGCCCGGCGUGCUCGCCCUCUACAAGAAGCACGCCGAGACCGUCCACGUGUCCAAGAGCCUCGGCCAGAUCCUGGAGGCAGCCGUGAGCGUGGGCAGCCGCACUCUGGACGUCCAGCUUGACUCUCUCCUUGCCGCUCUGCACACUCAGAUCUGCGUGCCUGUGGAGUCAUCCAGCCCGCUGGUGAUGAGCAACCAGAAGGAGGUGCUGCGCUGCUUCACGGUGCUGGCCUGCUACUCGCCGGACCGCCUUUUGGCCUUCCUGCUGCCCAAGCUGGACACCAGCAACGAGAGGACCCGUGUGGGCACCCUGCAGGUCCUGAGGCACGUCAUCAACACGGCGGCUGCUCAGAUGGAAGUUAAGAAACCCUUCAUUCUUUCCUCCAUGAAGCUCCCUCUUCUGGACACCAACAACAAGGUGAAGCGGGCAGUGGUGCAGGUGGUCAGCGCCAUGGCCCACCACGGCUACCUGGAGCAGCCUGGCGGCAAGGCCAUGGUUGAAUACAUCGUGCAGCAGUGCGCUCUGCCCCCCGAGGCUGAGACUCAGAAGCCGGGUGCGGACAGUGAGGCCCUGGCGGCCGACAGCGUGCAGGCCAUCAGCGUCAGCACCCUCUACCUGGUCAGCACCACCGUGGACAGGAUGGGCGAGGUCCUCUGGCCGUACCUGCUUGAGUUCCUGGUCCCCAUUCGCUUCACCGGGGCACUGAGCCCGCUCUGCAGGAGCCUUGUGCACUUGGCCCAGAAGAGGCAAGAGGCGGGGGCCCAUGCCCCCCUCAUCCAGUACAACGGCAAUGUGCACCUCCCGUCUCCCUACGCCAUCACCACCAGACUCCUGGUCGUGUCUUCCAAUCCCUAUGUGGGGGACGGUCGCGGAGCAGCCUCGCUGCGCCUCCUGAGUGUCUUGCAUCAGGAUAUCCACCCGGCCCUGGGUCAGCGGUGGGCGACCGCCAUCCCCCUGCUGCUGGAACACCUGGACGAAUACAGUGAGGAAACCCUGCCACAGGAGGAGUGGGAAGAAAAGCUGCUGAUGUUUCUCCGGGAUUCCCUGGCUGUCGUGUCUGACAACACCUGGGUCUGCCAGCUGACCCUGGAAAUGUGCAAGCAGCUACCCAACUACAACGGGAUGCCCCUGGAGAAGAACUUCCUGUACAAAUGUGUCGGGACCACCCUGGGUGCCGCUUCAAGUAAGGAGGUGGUGAGGAAGCACCUGCAGGAGCUGCUGGAGACGGCCAGAUACCAGGAGGAGAGGGACCGUGAGGGCCUUGCCUGUUGCUUUGGAAUCUGUGCCAUCUCCCACCUGGAUGACACCCUGGCCCAGCUGGAAGACUUUGUGAAGUCAGACGUGCUCAGAAAAUCUGCCGGCAUUUUCAGCAUUUUUAAGGAUCGGAGCGAGAGUGAGGCCGACAGAGUGAGGAGCGCGCUGAUUCUGUGCUACGGGCAUGUGGCGGCCCGGGCCCCGCGCGAGCUGCUGCUGGCCAGGGUGGAGGCAGACGUGUUUCGGAACAUGUCCCAGUGCUUCAGCACCAAGGUUCUGGGGAUAAAGGUAGAGACCAAGGACCCGGCCCUGAGACUGAGCCUGGUGCAGAGUGUGUGCAUGGCCACCCAGGCCAUCUGCAGCAGCGCCCACGGCGGCUCCUUCCACCUCUUGAGGAAGGCGGAGUUGGUGGCGCAGAUGGUGGAGUUCAUCAAAGCGGAGCCCCCAGACUCGCUGAGGACGCCCAUUCGGAAGAAGGCCAUGCUAGCCUGCAUGUACCUGGUUACCCUGGAGCCGGCCCUGGAGGAGCAGGUGCAGGCGGAUCUGAUUCACAGCUGCCUGCACAGUGUCAUGGCCGUGCUGCCUGAACCAGAGGAGGGGGACAGCCUCCAGGAGCUAUCAGUGGCCCCCACGGUGGCCCUGUCUAGGGGUGGGGGGUCACAGCAGGACUGGCAGCUUCUCUUCUUCCAGUCCCUGUACCUGGACACCAUGCAGGCCCUCAAGGACUUGCUGACGAGCCUCCUUCAGCGGAACAUGACGCCCCAGGGUCUGCAGGUCAUGGUGGAGCACCUGAGCCCGUGGAUCAAGUCCCCGAAGGGCCACGAGCGGGUGCGGGCGCUUGGCCUGAGUGCCUGCCUGCUGCAGUUCUUCCUAGAACACCUGCAGAUCAGCGCCUUGGUGCCCUUCCACAACCUGGGCCUCCUCGUUGGCCUCUUCUCCCCACGGUGCGCCGACCUCUGGCCUGCCACUCGCCGAGAGGCUGUGAGCUGCGUCCACUCCCUGCUGUACCUGCAGCUGGGCUAUGAGGGCUUCUCGCGAGACUACCGGGAUGAUGUGGCUGAGCAGCUCCUCAGCCUCAAGGAUGGCCUGGUGCACCCUGACCCUGCCAUUCUCUUCCACACCUGCCACAGCAUCGCCCAGAUUAUCGCCAAGCGCCUCCCACCAGAUCAGCUCAUCAGCCUCUUGCUAACCUUGUUUGAGGGCCUGGGAGAUCCCGACAAGAACUGCUCGCGAGCCGCCACUGUCAUGAUCAACUGCUUGCUGAAGGAGCGGGGCAACAUGCUGCAGGAGAAGGUGCCCGAGAUUGUGAGCGUGCUGCGCUCGAAGAUGCAGGAGACCCGAGAGGAGCAUGUCCUACAGGCUGCACAGCACAGCGUGUUUGUCCUGGCCGCCCACCACCGCGCUGCGGUGGUGUCCAGCCUUCUGGGCAGCCCCCUGCCCUUUGACAGCCACACCUGUACCCUGUGGCGAGCACUGGCCUUGGAGCCCGGCCUCGCUGCACAGGUCUUGGGGCUGCUCCUGGAGAAGAUAAGCAGGGACGUCCCGUUCAAGGAGAGCCGGGCCUUCCUGCUGAGCAGCACGCCGGACCGCGUGGCUACCCUGCUGCCCCUCGCGGCCACCUGUGCACUGCACGAGGUCGCAUCUGCCCCAGCGUCAGGGCCAGCGGUGCUGGAGCUCUACCCCCAGCUGUUUGUGGCACUGCUGCUGCGGGUCAGCUGCACCAUGGGUGUCCAGCCGCCUCGGCACCUGCAGGCCAAGGAGAGGAGGAGCGCCAGCUCGGGCCUGGCCUCACGGAGCCUCGAGCCUUGCAGCUCUGCGGUGGAUGCGCUGCAGGCCGUGCUUAUCCGCAGCGGCAAUGAGGACGUGGUGCAGCGCAUGGAGCUGGACGGGGGCUGGCAGCUGCUCAAGACCUCGGCUGGGCACGAGGAGGGUGUCACCCAGCUGGCCAGUGCCAUGGCCAAGUUUGCAGGCCCCCGGCUGCCCCUGGUGAUGAAGGUGCUCUUCGCCACACAGAGCAGCGUGUAUGAGGUCCAGAGGAUCACCUCCACAGCCUUCCUGGCUGAGCUGCUCAGCAGCAACGUGGUGAACGACCUGAUGCUCCUGGAGUCGCUGCUGGACAACCUGAUGGCACGGCAGAAGGACACGAGCGCCCGCGUACGGAGGCUGGUGCUCCGCGGCCUGGCCAACGUUGCCUUGGGCUCCCCAGAUAAGGUGACUGUUGGGCAGCCCUCUAGGGCCCUGCUCCUGGGCAAGGGAGGGAGAGCAGAGCCACAGCUGGUGAGGAGACUCGGGGAGACCCAGCAGCCACAGGCUCGGAGGGUGGGCAGCUGGGCAGCUGGGUGUGGCAUGGCCUGGGCACACAGGUGUGUAUGGCCUCCCCAGGUACGGACCCACGGCCCCCAACUCCUGACGGCCAUGAUUGGUGGGCUGGAUGACGGGGACGACCCACACAGCCUGGUGGCGCUGGAGGCCAUGGUGGGCCUGGCAAGGCUGAUGGACCUGGUGGACGCCUGGGACCUGCGUGCGGUGCUGCUGCACAUUGCUGUCCGCAUCCGGCCCUUCUUUGACAGUGAAAGGAUGGAGUUCCGCUCAGCGUCCAUCCGCCUCUUUGGGCACCUCAACAAGGCCUGCCGUGGGGACUGCGAGGAUGUCUUUCUGGAGCAGGUUGUGGGCGGCCUGGCGCCCCUUCUGUUGCACCUGCAGGACCCCCAGGCCCCUGUGGUCGCGGCCUGCAGGUUCGCCUUGCGCAUGUGCGGCCCCAACCUGGAGUGUGAGGAGCUGGCAGCUGUCUUCCAGAAGCACCUGCAGGAAGGCCGCGGCCUGCACUUUGGAGAGUUUCUCAAUACCACCUGCAAGCACCUGAUGCGCCACUUCCCCGACCUGCUGGGCCGCUUGCUGAGCACCAGUCUGUUCUACUUCAAGAGCAGCUGGGAGGAUGUCCGUGCUGCUGCCCCCAUGCUCACAGGGUUCUUGGUGCUGCACGUGGAGGCUGAGCAGCGGCCACAGGUGGACCUGGAGCAGCUCCUCGCGGCGCUCCAGCUGCUGCUCAAGGACCCAGCCCCCGAGGUGCGUGCGAAGGCUGCAGAGACUCUGGGCCGCCUGGUGAAGUUCGCCUGAGUCUGCCCCAACACCCAAUACCGGCCUGGCCAGCCUGAGGGUCCAAGACAAGGCCCUAAGGAGUCCCCUGCCCACAGGCAGAGUGGGGAAGCCUUGGGCCCACACAGCAAGGGAGGGCUGGAACACAAGGGUGGUCAAGUCGCCAACCCCCGUCUUCCCAAUAAAGCCAUUUGCUGCUCGGCA